GAGAAGUUAGUUACAAAUCAAUGUCAAAGUCAUUAAGUCAUUUCCAGUUGAAAAUUGUUUUUGUUUUUAUUCAAUAAUAAUCGUAACAUUUUCAUCGAGCUGCAGUAAUAAUGGUUCAAUUUCCUCCAGUCACUCCGGAGGUAAAACCUAUAGCCCAUCUCCUGAAGCUCGCAGACGAACAUGAAGAGAGAAACAUAGUAGUUACCUAUUGGGCCCGAAUGGCAGGUUGUUUGCUGGCUCUACAAUUAGUGCCGGGCCACAAAUCACCAGCUACGUCCGAAUUAAUGCGUGCCUUAUUGGAUUGGCUAGAACAAACAAAGAAAGCCAAUCUCGAUAACGAGGGAAUAACUAGCGAAACAACAGCACAGGCUCUCAUCGAGGAGUACGCUUUACGUCUGUUUGGUUUUGCCGAUCAACAAGAUCAAGCCCAAGUUUUCAACAAAAAUACAGUCAAAACGUUUUACACAGCGGGUAUUCUGAUGGACGUAUUGGAUCAAUUUGGGCCCCUGCCUGAUGAUAUAAGGGAAAAAAGGAAGUAUGCCAAGUGGAAGGCGGCUUACAUUCACAAUUGUUUAAAAGCCGGCGAAACUCCAUUAUCCGGACCUCCUCGAUCCUAUAAUGAAGAUAACGACAACGAUGGCAUUGUGCAUAACAGCCAACUUACUCAAGAAGAACUUUCCACUUACACCAAGUACACCGGGCCAGUUAGCUUUGAUGAUGAGAAAAAGCCCGAAACACCAGCCUCUCCGCCGCCGGAAAUACCGUUUAUGCCCCCAAAGCCGAUAGUCCCGGGGUCCGCUGAUAAUUCUCCCGUUAAUCCAGUUGCCCCUGAAAAACCCAAAACACCUCCAGCAGUUACUCCUCCCGAAGCGUUCGUUCCAUUUGUACCUACUCCAACUCCUGCAGCUCCUGCUCCAAAGCCAUCUGCGUCUGGAUACACGCCGCCUGCAGACGUUAUUCAGAAGGCUCAGAAGUAUUCCAAGUUUGCUACGUCUGCGCUGAAUUACGACGACGUUAAGAAUGCUGUGGAUUAUUUGCAAAAGGCUAUGAAUUUGUUACAGUGUGGAUCGGAAGAAUAGUCAAAUCAACAGCUAUGUAUCUACAGGAAUAAUUCCAUAGAAAUUGUUUCUUCCCACUAUGAAAAUAAUGCUUUAAAUUUGGUAAUAAUCAUGGUUUUCGAAGCUGAUACAUUUGUUUAAUUGAUUCUAAUUAUGCAUUUCACGUCUAAUUAACAAGGUUUCUCAUUGAUAGAGAAUGUUGGAAUUAUUUCUUUAAAUUAGUGGUAGUUUUUAUUGUUACUGCUUUUACUUUUAUAAAAAUAAUUGUUUUAUGUGAUCGAUAAUUAAGCAUUCUAACUGUACAGUCCAUUAGAGGAGUAUUUUUGAAAAAAAAACAAAACCUCAAUUAAAAGCGCUUAAACUAAUCUAAAGAAAUGUAUGGCAAUAGCACUAUUAAUAUUUUGUUUAUAAUAUAAUGUAUAGUUUUAUAAUUGAUGCAAAUAUAUAAUAAAAUGUGUUUUGGAGUCGUU